GGUUUGUAGUGAAGGGGCUCGCUCUUCUCCCAGGGUUUUCUUAGGUGAAUUGGCGUCGCCUAAACCGGACGGGGAAGGGAACGGACCCCUGGUCCUUGAGCCACGCGGGUGGUGUUGGGGGUGCUGAACUGCCCAGGAAAUGCGGAGCGGCGCCCCCUCCCUGAAGACUGAAGGGGAAAGAGAAACGGGGUUCCGGCGGACGCGAUCGCAGAAAGAGGUUACUCGGGGGCACCGGAGCUCCGGUGGGGGCCCCGAAAAUGUGUCUGAGGGAGGGGCUGGCAGUGGCGUUUUUGGAAAGAGGGGCGCUUUAUGUUCGCCUCCCUGCUUCCUUGAGGCCGGGGCGGCUGGCGUUGAGCCGGGGCGGCUGGCGGUGAUCCGGGCCACAACCGGCCCGGGCCUCUGCGGACGCCCGAGGCUCCGGUGGCGCUUUGUCAGCGGCCGCUGGGGCCAAAGGGGUGGGGGGACGUACGCAGGGGCCUCUUUUCAAAUUGAGUUGUUCAGAAUAAGGUUGUCUUCAGUUUUUCAUCCGAGGCAUAGAAAAGAAACUAGAAACUCGGAGGUCUCUCUGUCUCUGCCCCAAAUUAAUUGAGAAAUUGUCAGCCUGUCCUGCAAAUGCACUUCUCUUUCUCUCUCUCAAUCUUCUUCUCCCUCCUCUCCCCACAGAAUCGCUCUUCCCCUACCUUCAUCCCACACACUUCAGGAGUCCCCUACGUAUUCCACAAAACCCAAAACGACCAUUUGGGCCACUUCACUCCUUCUCAGCUUUAGGUGACUGACAUACAUCCGAAUAAAACUAGAGUUUUUUGCUGGUCUUCAUGUAAUUAAAAUGUACCAUCCCUGUGUCUUCCCAAAGGUGUGGGAGGGAAAGUGUUUGGACAGGGGACUGAUAGUCAGUAGGUAUUCACGACACGGUUUAUAAGAUCACUUUUAAGCUCUCCUCCUAGUUGUCACUGAGAAUUCGGUUUGAGAGGAAAUGGUUUUCUAGAUGAUUUUUUGUCUAGAUGAUUUUUCAUUAUAUUAAACUUAAGAGUUUUUCUUAUCCUCUAGCUCUGUGAAUGUCCAAAGAUGUAAUACAAACUCUGCAUUGAUUUCCAAAGGUCUGAUUUCCAGAGGAGCCCCAACUCUCCUGUCCUGCCUGCAUUGCCUGCCUUCUGACAUCCUGGGAAUGGGAAGAAACACUGGGAUCCGUGAUGGCAGAACUGCGGACCCUGACAACUUCUGAUUGUUGAAAGGGGGAGGGGAGAGUGGAAGAGAGGAAUGGAAAGGCAAAAGAAAAAAACAUUUGUGUUCAUUUACACAUUUCCUGUGCAGAACAAAAAAGUCCCACCAUCAGCAAAAGAAGUCUCUUCCUCCAAAAUAGCAGCCAAAGAGGGAAAAUUAGAAUAUGCAUAAAGUCUUUCAUUUUCAUUCGCACAGAGCACGAUUUCCAAUUUCCGGCAGAUUUGUAUUUAAACUGCUCGAUUAAUCCCAAUUUCAGAACAGCAUUUUACUUAGCAUUUUCCCGAAACUUACCUAAAGAGUUAUUACUCCCUCCCCAUCACCCUGUUUUGGAGCCUUCCUUUUCCCUAUUCUCCAACUGCCGAUAAGAAUUUCAUUGAUAAGACUGUAACUUUAUUUUUCCGGUCCAUUAUUUUCCUUUUAAAACUAGACUGAUGCAUUGGACCACACUUGAAUGCAAACUGGCUGCUGUCUGUGAAGCCGCAACUGGAAAUGAGAGCCCAUUGGAAAGGAUGUGUUUUUGAAAUGUGUAUCUAAGAGAGAAUAAACAUGAUAGGGCCAAUAGACUCUUGCAGAUCCUCUCCUGUCAUCAAAACCUUUCCUUUUCUACCCAGGUCAUAUGUUUUCACGACUAGCAAUAGCUGAGAUGCUUGGACAUAAUCUACCCUCCAAACCUUUCCUUCCUUCACCCCUUUUGAGAAGUUUGAUAGAAAAUCAUACAAUCCUCUUCAAAGGAAUAUUACUCUUCUUAAAUAUUCAGAGUGUCAGUCCAUUAAAUUCCCCUACAGCCCAUUACUAAAAUAUUUUGCUUUACCACUUGUGGAACAGAUCUGGCUGUAUCUGAAAUUUCCUUUGUUGGAAAAAAUGCUAUUGAGCAUCAUUUGAAUAUCUUCUCUGAAAUAUUGUCUCUUGACUUG